GCCACCGGGGCCGCGGGGAUGGACGCGGAGAGCGCCGGCGGCCGAGACAGCGCUGCAGGAGCAGGACGCGGAGGAUGAAGGAGGACAGGGGAGCUUCGUGUCCCCCUCCCUCCGCGAGGUGAGCUGCCCGGAUUUUCGGCGCCUGACGUGGAGCUUUGCCACGCGUCCGCGGUCAAGGGCUGGCACCGCGUCAUCGAGGGCAACGAGCGGCUGUGGCGGCACCACUGCCUGGCCGUGGCGGGCCGUCUGCCGGCGAGAAUCGACUGCGACCGCGGGAACGGCUACUCCUGGAAGAUCACAUUAUUGAGGAACUACUGGAAAAGCAAAGUGAAGCAAGAAUGGCUGAGUGGGAAAUACAGCAACAUUCCUUCACAGCACAGCUUGCCAGAGAAAAGCAUGUAUCCCAUGGAUGUCGACACAUGGGGAGAGAUCUUGGAAGCAGAACUUGAAAGAUAAGAAACCAGUGCUGAUUCUUGCAACUCAAAAACCUUUUGCCAAUGACACACAAACUGUUUGGCAGUUGUCGAACUGAUUUUGAGUGAUUUUUAACUGAUUUUCAACUGAUGAUGAAAGUUUCUCAAAAGAAGUUACAGGUGUCUUUUUUUUUUAUUUGCACUUUAUCAUAUUAAUUUUAUGUAAAAUUCUAAAUAAGACUAAUGUUCAGUUGUAAUUUAUAUUUAUAAAUUUAAUGCUCUGCUGUAUUGUCAAAAAUAUGUUGAUUGUAUUUCAAUUUGCACUUUUUCUUUUGAAAGAGAUGACUUUUAUUUAAAAAAAGAAAGGUAAGGUAUGCUUGACUUGAAGUGUAUCCUACCAGCAGCACAUGAGAGCCCACAAAGGAAGGACAAAUACAGACACUGGAAAGAAAAGAAGAUGACAAGGUGGCCACCUCAGUAUCAGCUGAACAUUCCCAGUGACCAUCUCAAGGGACACAGUCCUCAAAAGGAUCUCUGAACUUGUACCCCAAUUUUUGGCACCAACUUGAAAAACUGCUGCUGGUAAAAGAGGAUGUACCUGUCACAUUAUCUAACAUAAAAGUGACCACAAAUUCAACUUACUACAA